AUGGAAAAGGAGCAGGAGCAGAGUGGGAGCCUGGACCCCCAGAGGAUCCCUCUGAUCCCCUCUACCCCAGAGGAGAUGGAGGACAUGCUCAAACUCUGCUCUUUCGUACGCUUCAAGAUCCCUCAACAGGUAGUCAUUGAUGCAUUUCAGUCGCAUUACUCAGGCCGGGAUUCAAUCUGAUCGCAUCUUGUCGGCUAUGCACCUUUUCAAAGCAGUGUUUCCACGUUUGUGGAGACCACAUUCAUGGUAAACGCUGCAUGUGUGUCGGCUCAAUCGGAAAUGACCUUUUUAAAUGUCUUGCGCGCUAUCACACGGAUCUACUGCUGAUCGGAUUGAAUCCAGGUCUUAGUUUUGUUGCUGUUGCCGGCUGGUCAACAUCUUCAGGACUUAGUCAAUAACAAAAAACCCGGACUACUACAAGAACUAGUCAAAAUCUUCUCUUUACUUGACUUGUUGCCAUUUUUUAAAAACAAGAAUCUACUGCAUGGUUUCCCAAUAAUUAACUUAUGUAACCCAUGGUUACAAUAACAUGUAUUAUUCUAACAAUAAUAGUUAUUAUUUUUGACAGAUUCUUCAGGGAUUGGUGGAUGUUCGGGUUCCAAACAACGACUUCUACAGAGAGCGUGAGGGACUUGGUUGGAACGUCUGGAUCAAAACAUUCAUUGAAUAAUUGAAUGAUCUAUCGGACUUGUUAAAUCACACCUGGUGGAAAGUUUUGGUUCUGUAUGUGAACAGGCAUUUUCUAUCUUUCCUCAGUGUUCAUGGAGAUCGUAGGAGAGAAGUCCAGACAUUCCUUACAUGAGAACAUGCAUCUGAUCACAGCCCCGACACAGGUCAUCUGGGGGAAGCAUGACCAGGUAAGCGUUCGAAGACCGCUGGGUCGUAACAUUGCACAAUAAAACUGUGGGCGCAAUCAACAGUGUAUAUCUUUCUUUUUAUUACAAGUAAUGCAAGUUGCAAGUAACUGGAUGUGGAUACACUACUUCUAAACUCUAGUACACUCUUAGAAAAAAGGGAUUUUGUUUUGUAUAUAAUGUAUGUGACUAUUUUUGUUUUGUUUUCUGUUUGUCUUUAUAAUUGUAAUGAAAAUAAAUCAUAAAAAAAUCAUAGAAGAAAUGGUUCCAUCAGGGUUCUUCGGCUGUCCCCAUAGGAUAACCCUUUUAAAGGUUCUACCUGGAACCAAAAAGGGUUCUUCAAAGGGUUAUCCUAUGGGGACAGCCAAAAAGAACCCUUUUAGGUUCUAGAUAGACCCUUUUUUUUUUUUUUUUUUUUUUUCCCCUAAGAGAGUACCUCUUAAUUGUUCUCUCCUCUCCUCUCUUCGUCUCUCAGGUGGUGGAUGUGUCGGGAGCGUCUAUGCUGAUGGAGGCAGUCUCUGGCUGCCAGGUGGACCUGCUGGAUAACUGUGGCCACUCUGUGGUGAUGGAGCGACCUCGCAAGACGGCUCAGCUCAUCGUGGACUUUAUCAAUAACCAACACAACACUGGCUCUGGCUCUAACAACAGCAAGAAACUCUCCUGAGACUGACUACCUGGAGCUCAGACUUUAUAGGACCAGUUUCCUGGACAAGGUUGAACAUAGUCCUAGACAAAGAAGCACUUUCAAUGGGGGUUUGAUCUCCGUUGAACAUGCGUUUCAGUCGGGGGACUAGGUUUCAGUCGGAGACUAGGUUUCAGUCAGGAUUUCAGUCAGCAACUAGGUUUCAGUCAGGGUUUCAGGUUUCAGUCAGGGUUUCAGUCAGCAACUAGGUUUCAGUCAGGGUUUCAGGUUUCAGUCAGAUUAGGUUUCAGUCAGGGUUUCAGGUUUCAGUCAGGGACUAGGUUUCAGGUUUAAUCUGUGUCAAGGAAACCAGCCCACAGUGAUCGUUUAUUGCAUCUGUAAAUAAUCGAAUAAUCUGUAAAUAAUCCAAUAAUCUUGAGUGAUAUUUUUCUAAUCUAGUCCUCAGGGAAUGAGGCCUUCACCCAGCUGGCAACUGUUUCAUGCUUGAAUUUGAUUAUAAGGCGAAGGAAGACUGUGUAAAAUACUGGGAUACAAUAUUGUGGUAUUGCAUUUAUUUGGUGAUUUAAGGACCUUAAUUUCAAAUGUUAUAUUCUUUGUUUAAUUGCCAAUGUGUUACUAACUAACUGAGAUGAUUUUGCCAAACCAUGAUUUUAUAUUUUAUUUGAGCUUGUGAUACCUCUGAUUCAGCUGGAGGACUGUGGUUGGUCGGGUCUGAGACUGUUCCCGCCAGAAAACCCAAGAAGUAAAGGAAGAUUUCGUUAGUUUGAUUUGUCUUGUUGAAGGUUGGUACUUGGUCUUAUUAUUAACCACAGGACCAACAUACAUAUUACACCUUGUACAUUAGGAAUAUAUUGAAGGAACAUUUAUCAUUGUGUUUUAAGAGAAAAUAAUAUGAAUUUGAACAAAAACAAUGGAGCUAUAAUGACGUAAGCUUUGUAUUAUUAUUAUUAUUAUUAUUAUUAUUAACCCAAAGUACUUUUUCUUCAAGCACUGCUAUAUACUGUUAUGUGAAAUAACCUGAUAGUAUCGAUGCAUGAGACGCAGCAACCAAUGCACAGCAAUGUCUGCAUAUUUUCAAGUUUGCUUUGUUUAGUUUAAGCUAAUGCCAUGUCAUUCAGUUACACUGAGACAGAAAUAGAUUUUGUGACACUUUUGUUAUCCUUGUACGUGUUAAUGCAUUGUCCAUCUACACAAUGUUUUGCUUAUUCUUGUAAAGUACAAAAUAAAACACUUUUCUCAUGCUGACAUGAAAUUCAUGGACCGCUCACAUCGGACAGUACUGUUUUGGGGCUGGGCCUUGAUUUGGGGUGGAGCUACAGCUGUUUUGGGGCCGGGCCUUGAUAUGGGGUGGAGCUACAGCUGUUUUGGAGCCGGGCCUUGAUAUGGGGUGGAGCUACAGCUGUUUUGGGGCUGGGCCUUGAUAUGGGGUGGAGCUACAGCUGUUUUGGGGCUGGGCCUUGAUAUGGGGUGGAGCUACAGCUGUUUUGGGGCUGGGCCUUGAUAUGGGGUGGAGCUACAGCUGUUUUGGGGCUGGGCCUUGAUAUGGGGUGGAGCUACAGCUGUUUUGGGGCUGGGCCUUGAUAUGGGGUGGAGCUACAGCUGUUUUGGGGCUGGGCCUUGAUAUGGGGUGGAGCUACAGCUGUUUUGGGGCUGGGCCUUGACUUGGGGUGAGAAAAGCUUGGUGAUAUUGAUUCAACGGUUGGGGGAAAAGCUUUGAGGAAAGGUUUGGGGGUUUGUUUCAGGUUUCAAGCAACAGUUUUAUGAAGGCCAGGGUUUGGAUGAGAUUGAAUGAGCUCAAUCCUUUUCAUAUGAUCACACUGUCAUCGUGAAGUGCUUUGGGAGUCACCUUACUUGACACCCUAGACCCCACUACAAUUUGCAUACCGCCCCAACAGAUCCAUGAACGACGCAAUCGCCAUUACGCUGAAUAAAUUCAGAUUGAAAACGUGAAAAACUUUCUCGUGAAAAUCACACUUUCACAUGUGGAAUUGCAAGUUCCCAUGUGAAAAACAAUCACGUGUCAAAAUCUAUACUGAACAAAAUAUAAACGCACCAUGCUGAGUGACAGUUCAUAUGAGGAAAUCAGUCAAUUGAAAUAAAUUAAUUGGGCCCUAAUCUAUGGAUUCCGCAUGACUGGGAAUACAGAUAUGCAACUGUUCGUCACAGAUACCUUUUAAAAAAAGUAGGGGCGUGGAUCAGAAAACCCGUCAUUAUCUGGUGUGACCACCAUUUGCCUCAUGCAGCGCAACACAUCUCCUUCGCAUAGAGUUGAUCAGGCUGUUGAUUUUGGCCUGUGGAAUGUUGUCCCACUCCUCUUCAAUGGCUGUGUAGAGUUGCUAUAUAUUGGCAGAAACUGGAACACACUGUCGUACACAUUGAUCCAGAGCAUCCCAAACAUGCUCAAUGGGUGACAUGUCUGGUGAGUAUGUAGGUCAUGGAAGAACUGGAACAUUUUCAACUUCCUGGAAUUGUGUACAGAUCCUUGCGACACGGGGCCAUGCAUUAUCAUGUGAUGGUGGCGGAUGAAUGUCAUGACAAUGGGCCUCAGGAUCUCGUCACGGUAUCUCUGCGCAUUCAAAUUGUCGUCGAUAAAAUGUAAUUGUGUUCGUUGUCUGUAGCUUAUGCCUGCCCAUACCAUAACCCCCACCAUGGGGCACUCAGUUUACAACGUUGACAUCAGCAAACCGCUCGCCCACACGACGCCAUACAUGUGGUCUGCAGUUAUGAGGCCAGUUGGACGUACGGCCAAAAUUCUCUAAAACGACGUUGGAGGCGGCUAAUGGUAGAGAAAUGAACAUUCAAUUCUCUGGCAAAAGCUCUGAUGGACAUUCCUGCAGUCAGCAUGCCAAUUGUACGCUCCCUCAACACUUGAGACAUCUGUGGCAUUGUGUUAUGUGACCAAAUUGUACAUUCUAGAGUGGCCUUUUAUUAUCCCCAGCACAAGGUGCCCCUGUGUAAUGAUCAUGCUGUUUACUCAGCUUCUUGAUAUGCCACACCUGUCAGGUGGAUGGAUUAUUUUGGCAAAGGAGAAAUGCUCACUAACAGGGAUGUAAAGAAAUUUGUGCACAACAUUUGAGAGAAAUACGUUUUUAGUGCGUAUGGAUCGUUUCUGGGAUCUUUUAUUUUCAGCUCAUGAAACAUGGGACCAACACUUUACAUUUUUGUUCAGUAUAAUUCACAUAAUAAUAAACAUUCACAUGUGAAAAUCUAACUUUCACACGUGGAAUUGGAAGUUCACAUGUGGUGGCGAAAUAGUGUUAUUCUGUUAACAUGUUGCAGUAGCAAUGUUUCCACGUAUGGAAAUAUGCAAAUUCUGUAAAAAGAUAACUUUAACCUACCUGAGCAUAAUAAUUCAAGUGUGUUAAAAAUUAUUAUUUCUUAUUUCUGAGUUGCUGCAGACGCACACCUCUCUUCAUACGACUGUUGGAAGAAGCCCACUGAAAGAACAGAGAAGCAUAACGUUAAAAUUAGCGCUGUCAGAGUUCAUCAGUUAACUUUUUGUAAUUUUAGUGGACAAUUCAUACGUUUGAUGGCUCCUAACCAACUGUGCUAUUUUGUUUGUUUUUUUCGCAUUGUUUGUAACUUAUUUUGUACAUAAUGUUGCUGCUACCGUCUCUGAUGAACGAAAAGAGCUUCUGGACAUCAGAACAGCGAUUGCUCACCUUGAACUUGGACAAAUAUUUUUUCUUUAAUGAGUCCGACGUGAAGGAUAUACUGCUUCCCCGAGACCAGUCCCAAAUCCCCGUCAUUCGCUUGAAGAAAAGACGGAAUUACAGGGGUGCCUUGUGAGAAUUCGUCAGCGAGUGGGUAAACCGCCUCUACCAUCCGUUCCAUUGGCCAACGUGCAAUCACUGGAAAAUAAACAGGAUGAUCUACGAUCCAGAAUAUCCUACCAACGGGACAUUAAAAACUGUAACAACUUAUGUUUCACCGAGUCGUGGCUGAACGAUGACACGGAUAAUAUAGAGCUGGGUUUUCCAUCGCAUCGGCAGGACAGAGCAGCACGUCUGGGGGUGUGUGUCUAUUUGUCAAUAACAGCUGGUGCGCAAUGUCUAAUAUUAAGGUAGUCUCGAGGUAUUGCUCGCCUGAGGUAGAGUACCUCAUGAUAAGCUGUAGACCCACUAUCUACCAAGAGAGUUCUCAUCUAUAUUAUUCCUAGCUGUCUAUUUACCACCACAAACCGAUGCUGGCACUAAGACCGCACUCAACGAGCCGUAUAAGGCCAUAAGCAAACAAGAAAAUGCUCAUCCAGAAGCGGUGCUCCUAGUGGCCGGGGACUUUAAUGCAGGCAAACUAAAAUCAGUUUUACCUAAUUUCUACCAGCAUGUCACAUGUGCAACCAAAGGGAAAAAAAAACUCUAGACCACCUUUACUCCACACAGAGACAUGCAUACAAAUCUCGCCCUCCAUUUGGCAAAUCUGACCAUAAUUAUAUCCUCCUGAUUCCUGCUUACAAGCAAAAACUAAAGCAGGAAGUACCAGUGACUCGCUCAAUACGGAAGUGAUCAGAUGACGUGGGUGCUACGCUACAGGACUGUUUUGCUAGCACAGACUGGAAUAUGUUCCGGGAUUCAUCCAAUGGCAUUGAGGAGUUAUACCACCUCAGUCACCGGCUUCAUCAAUAAGUGCAUCGACGACGUCGUCCCCACAGUGACCGUACGUACAUAUCCCAACCAGAAGCCAUGGAUUACAGGCAACAUCCGCACCGAGCUAAGGAGCGGGACACUAAUCCGGACCCUUAUAAGAAAUCCUGCUAUGCCCUCAGACGAACCAUCAAACAGGCAAAGAGUCAAUACAGGACUAAGAUUGAAUCCUACUACACCGGCUCUGACGCUCGUCGGAUGUGGCAGGGCUCGCAAACUAUUACGGACUACAAAGGGAAACCCAGCCGCAAGCUGCCCAGUGACGCGAGCCUACCAGAUGAGCUAAAUGCCUUUUAUGCUGGCUUCGAGGUAUUGUUCGUUUUGACUCCACUAAGCCUUUUCCAAGCUCGUUUGUGAGAACCAGUUAUAGCCUUCAGUCCUAGUUUUGAUUCACCUGCCUGUUUGCCUACUUGUGUAUGACCUUUGACCUUCUGCGAAGGCGGAACAUCCGUUCAUUUUGUGGAAUAUCUCCGCACCGCCAAAGUGUCUCAAUUCCGGCCUCCCGAGUGGCGCAGUGGUCUAAGGCAGGAAUCAGGAGGAUAGAGUUAUGGUCAGAUUUACCAAAUGGAGGGCGAGGGAGAGCUUUGUACGCGUCUCUGUGUGUGGAGUAAAGGUGGUCUAGAGUUUUUUUUCCUCUGGUUGCACAUUUAACAUGCCGGUAGAAAUUAGGUAGAACGGAUUUAAGUUUCCCUGCAUUAAAAUCCCCGGCCACUAGGAGCGCUGCCUCUGGAUGAGCGUUUCCUGUUUACUUAUGGCCUUAUACAGCUCAUUGAGUGCAAUCUUAGUGCCAGCAUUGGUUUGUGGUGGUAUAUAGACAGCUAUGAAAAAUAUAGAUAAACUCUCUUGGUAAAUAGUGUGGUCUACAGCUUAUCAUGAGAUACUCUACCUCAGGCGAGCAAAACCUUGAGACUUCCUUAGUAUUAGAUUUUAUGCACCAGCUGUUAUUGACAAAUAUACACAGACCGCCACCCUUUGUCUUACCGGAGUCAGCCGUUCUAUCCUGCCGAUGUAGCGUAUAGCCCGCUAGCUGUAUGUUAUCCAUGUCGUCGUUCAGCCACGACUCUGUGAAACAUAAGAUAUUACAGUUUUUAAUGUCCCAUUGGUAGGAUAACCGUAAUCUUAGGUCAUCCAAUUUAUUCUCAAAUGAUUGAAGAUUGGCUAAUAGGAUUGACGGAAGAGGCAGUUUACUCGCCGGAACCCAUGUAUGUGACCUCUGCCCAUUUUGAAUGUAGGUCAAAACCAGGAAGCGUUGGUGACGAGGCACAUUGUAGAGUUCACCGCAGAUGUCCAGUUGGACCGUGUUCCCAUGGACGGGAGGGCCAGGCCAGUGGCUGCAGUGGUGGUGUGCGGAGGUGGGCCUGUCCUUCCACUGACAAGGUCACGUACUAGCCCUUCGACAUCAUGAUCGAUGCCAGGUCACCACACCAGGUCCCUGCAGCGCUGCUUCGGCUUCACAAUGCCAAAGGUGGCCUUCAUGAGCCAUGGCCAACACUCGUCCUCUGAGGCUGCUCGGUAUGACGGUGCAGUUUCUGCGAGCCAGACGUGUCAUUUCCAGCAUGACAGCUCAUGUUCGAACCUGGUAUAUGGUUGGAGUUCCGACCUGGUCUACGUAUUCCCGCAAAGGUCGUGAAGAUGGGGUCGUUGGCUGAUUCUUGGGUCAGCUCCUUGUGCGACACUGUGUCUUGGAGAGGUGAGUGUAGGAGGUGGAUGAGGUCCUCCUCGGAGUCAACCUAGGCAUAAGUCUGGGGGAACUGAGCGCGAAAGUAGGUCGGCCACCACAUUGUCCCUGCCCGGCGUAAACUGCAGCUUAAAGUUAUACUGCUGGAGGCGGUCUGACCAGCGGUACAUGCGGAGGGGCUUGUGACCCGACCCGGAGGUAGACACGUGAGGUAGGCUGUGAGGGCCUGGUGGUCGGUGCGCAGGGUGAAAGAACGUCCGUAGAGGUACAUGUGCCACCGCUCGCAGGCCCAGACACAUGCUAGUGCCUCCCUCUCUCCAACGGAGUACUUUUGUUCGUUGGGGCUCAAUGCGCGAGACGCGAAAGCCACCGGCUGAAGCUGAGAGAGGACCGCUCCCACUGCUGUGGCUGACACGUCACAGGUGACCAGAGUUGGGCUGGUGAGGUUAAAGUGGGCCAGGACAGGUGAAGUGGUCAGCAGUUCUUUGAGAGAGGAUGGCUUCGGGCUGACACGCGGAACCCGACAAAUUGAUAUCGACAAUUUGUCGGCAGUACCCAAAUGAGGACCUUCUAUUCUUACUGAUGGUGUCCUGCUAUAGUUAGUAGUGUAG